ACGCAUUUAGAAAUGAGUGUAGUCUACAUUUGAGGUACUUAGAAGUGAGUCUCAAGUAUCGAUGGAUUACUCAGAAGUGAGUGAUAGCGCUAUGCGAGGCCUACUUAAGAGUGAGUCGUAGCUAGUGAUGAUCUACUUGUGAGAGAAUCCUAGGGUUUCUCGUAGACGAUGAUGUGAGUAUCUAAAGAUUUGUGUUGUAUAUCAGAUUUUUAUGGUUACUUAGUAUAGGACUGAAGCAUAAUUGAUGAGGAAGGUAAUGGUUAUCAAUUAUGAAUGCUUUGGAAAGUAUCAGUGGAAUUAUUAUUAGUAAUUCAUUCUAUAUCAUGUAAUCAGAUCUUAUUGUCGUUUCAUACAAGAAUCGUAUCACAUGAAGUGCUAUCAGAUCUCAGAGACUACGACUUUUUGUACGGUUUCUCGUAUGAUCCCACAUGAUCAUAUACGAAUCUGGCAUCAGAUCAGAUAUGAGGAUGUAUGAAUUCAUACCUGAUCUUACUCUCUGAUUGCAUGACCUGGGUAUCUGUUCAUACGUUACCCACCUUGGUAUCUGUUUACAUGUUAUCCACUUGGAUAUCUGUUUAUACAUUACCCGUUUGGGUAUCUGUUUUUGUUACCCACUUGGGUACCUUUCUGUGCGUUACCCACCUGGGGUAUCUGUCUGUGUGUUACCCACUUGGGUAUCUGUUUAUACGUUAUCCACUUGGAUAUCUCUUCAUACAUUACCCAUUUCGGUAUCUGUCUGUGUGAUAUCCGCUUGGGUAUCUGUUUUUAUGUUACCCACUUGGGUACCUUUCUUUGCGUUACCCACUUGGGGUAUCUGUUUUUUAUGUUACCCACUUGGGUACCUUUCUUUGCGUUACCCACUUGGGGUAUCUGUCUGUGUGUUACCCACUUGGGUAUUGGUUCAUACGUUAUCCACUUGGGUGUCUGUUUAUACGUUAUCCACUUGGAUAUCUGUUCAUACAUUACUCAUUUCCGUAUCUGUCUGUGUGUUACCCACUUGGGUAUCUGUUCAUACGUUAUCCAUUCGCGUAUCUGUUAUACGUUAUCCACUUGAGCAUAAUGAUUAGUGACAAACUGAGCGAGAGUUUAGAAGAGAAGAAGCAAAUGGGCGUAGAAUAUACGUACGGACUCUAAGAGCAAUGGAAAUGGACAAAUUGUGUAAUUGUUGGCGCUUAAACGGGUCGUAUGCUAGUAUGUUAUUCGGCGUAGAAAGGUUAACGUAGAUAAAAAUCGGGAAAAGCGCACAUUUUCAGGCGUUAAGAACGCGUUGAUUAGUAAACAGUAAAAAUGCAGAGAUUUGUAAAUGGUAUAAAUGCGUAGAUUUCUAAUUGAUGAAUACGCGCUGGGUUUCAACGCGUUGAUUACCGUAGAAAAGCUAACGGAGAUAAAAAUCGUAGAAAUGUGCGCUUUUCCCGAUUUUAUUUUCGUUAAAAUUUCUACGAGUAUUUCAUCGUUUUUUUUUUAAUUUUGUCUGUCUGGGUAGUCACGUUUUUUUUGUGAAAUAUAAAAUAAACAAAAAACAUUUUUUAGGUGGUCGGACAAUUUUGACAGCCACUGUAUAUCCAUUUCCCAUUCAAUAAACUUUUCUAUAUUACACUAUUUAUUCGAUAAAUGGAUUGGGAUCCUGUUAGAAAUAUGUCAUCAUUAAGUAAUCAAAGUUAACGCAAUUAUCAAAAAAUUCGAGUUGUUAUUAGUAUGUCGCAGUACAUAUUUUCGACUAUGUUUGCUUUUUAUUUUCAUUUUCUUUAUAAUAAUACAUUUAGGUCUACCAUAAAUGUAGUUUUAUAGAGCUUCAAAUUCUCUACCUUUUGGCAUAUAAAGAUAUUUUUUUAUACACAGAAAAUGAGGAAAACAGUUCACUGAAUUUUAGUGCAAUUUAUUCUGGGACACCCGUUAGAACCCUUAUUUUGGUACAAUAAGUACAUUUGUAAAUGUUCUUUAAAAUGGCUAUUUAUUUAUUGAAAUUGAUCAAGUAGUCGCAAAGAUAUAUCGAUAGGAAAAUUGCGGAGAACUUUUUUUCUAUAUAUGAUUUUGUUUACAAACUAGCAUGCAACUUGUUGUUCUCAAUACUUCAAGUUAUAGGCUAAAUUGUUAAAGAUAAUUCCUCAAUAAUGCUUUUUCUCUCAAAUACAAAUAUAAUUUAAUCUUAGCUAUUAUGAAUAAAGUUAAACCUCGAGUCUUAUUGCUUUGUUCUAUUAUCGGCAUUGGAAAUAAUCGUUUAGAACAACUUGCAAUAGACAAUUGUCAUUCAAUCGAUUUAACUUUUGAUUAUUGUGAAUCAUCGCAUGAACAAUUAAUGGAACGAUUUUAUUCACAUGUUUUGCCUAGUAUUUACAACAAUAUUCAAUCGCUUGUGUUUACCAUUCAACAUUUAUUGCGUAUUUCUGCGUUUGCUGAAGAAAAUUGUGAUGGAACUUUUCCAAAUUUGACACAUUUAAAGAUCAUGAUUCCCAGAAAAUGUCGUAUAACAGGCAUAACUUUUACAUUAGGUAAACAAUAUUACUCGUUUUCGCUUUUCUAA